AUGCUCGAUGCAUCGACGAGCAUGGAAGUGCUAAAAAAGUCGGAUCAUUGGAGACGAAUGACGGAAGAAGAGAUGAUAGAAGCAUGGAAAUCCCGCAAGGACAAAGAACUAAAGAAUGAAAGAAAUUUAGAAUCCAAUAGUGAAUCGGCUGAAGAUUCAGGCACUGAUGUAUGUGUAGAAGAACAAAUGCCAUCGAGCAAUAAAAAAAAGAAGAAAGCAUCCCUAACACAGACAACAGAUACAGACGUUCCGAAUCCGAUUCCACUCCUGGACAGACCAAAAGCCGCUAAACAAUUUCGUAACUACUACAUGACACAGUUGACCCAGGGAUUUGGAGAAGAUCUUGACAAAAUUCGCAAGGAAGAAGGUUUCAAUCAGAACAAACUAGAAGUCUUGAUCUCAUCUCUUGAAUCAGGAAUAGAUAUCUAUUCGGAUCUAGAGAAAUCACUUACUCUUUCCUCUAUGUUAUCCGACUAA